AUGCGGGAGCGCAGAGGCAGAGGGGAGUCAGCAGCCCGCACAGCAGCCGUGGCAAGCCGCCUUCAUCCCCCAGGCUCUCUGAACACGAUGUCUGCACCUCCUGCGAGCAACGGUGUGUUCGUCGUCAUCCCGCCGAGCAACGCCAGCGGCCUCCGCCCGCCUCCGGCCAUUCUGCCCACCUCCAUGUGCCAGCCUCCAGGGAUCAUGCAGUUCGAAGAGUCACCGCUUGGGGCGCAGGCACCUAGGGCCACCCAGCCACCUGACCUUAGACCAAUGGAAACGUUCUUGACGGGAGAACCCAAAGCUUUAGGGACGGUGCAGAUCCUGAUUGGCCUCAUCCACCUUGGCUUCGGCAGCGUCCUCCUCAUGGUCCGCCGAGGCCACCUGGGGAUGCUCUUCAUCGAAGGAGGCGUCCCCUUCUGGGGAGGAGCUUUCUUCAUCAUCUCCGGGUCCCUCUCGGUAGCAGCUGAGCGGAACCACACCAGUUGCCUGGUGAGGAGCAGUCUGGGAACCAACAUCCUCAGUGCCAUGGCAGCCUUCGCAGGAACAGCCAUUCUGCUCAUGGACUUUGGUGUUACUAACUGGGAUGUGGGCAGGGGCUACCUUGCCGUGUUGACCAUCUUCACCAUCCUGGAGUUCUUCAUCGCUGUCAUUGCCACCCACUUUGGGUGCCAAGCCACCCGUGCCCAAACUAACGCAUCUGUGAUUUUCCUACCCAACGCCUUCGGCACGGAUUUCAGCAUCCCCAGCCCAGCAGUGUCUCCGCCCCCUGCCUAUGACAAUGUCGCGUAUGUGCCCAAGGAAUCCUCGGAGUAG